UUAUUUUAAACUAAAAUUUUACUUAUUAUUUUUAUAUUUGUAAGUUUUUUUGUAAAUAAUGGACAGACAUGGGGAAAAUAUUCAAAUAAUGUUACAGCAGUCCAUAGAAGAUGUCCAAACAUAUGAGAAAAAUUUGAUAGAUUAUAUAUGCAUCAGAUGGUCUGUUAAUGCUGCUAAAGAAAGUUCUCUGUUAAUCUCUUCUGCCUUAAAGAUGGUUCCUCAUAGAUUUUAAGAAGAAAAGUUUUCAUGAAGUUAUUAUUAAUUAGUUGGUGGAAAAAUAAAAUAAAAUAAAUGAGAGUCAGUUGCAGUUACCAAAAACCAUAAUGAAGCAUCUUAGAGCUUCUGUGUGGUUCUUCAGAUUUCUAUUAAAAGUUUUUUACAGGGCAUCCUGCACAUUGAAGUGUAUAGUGGUAAUUAGCAUUUGUGUGUGUAAAUGCUUUUUCUAAUUUUGGCAGUUGCCAGAAUGAGACUAAAGAAAUAAAUCAAUGAGCUUCAGAUCAGACUAAACUGACUCUGCAGACUAUCCAAAGUGCCUUUUACUAUCAGGAUUACAUUAAAACAGUAACUGAUAUCUUUUAGUAGGACUCUUUAGAUGCUCAGACACUUAGCUGUUUUGUUUUGAAUUUACAACACUUUUUUUAGUGUGAUUUGUAAGCUAUUUCUUCACAAUUAGUGCAUAAUUAGAUACAAAUGUGUUAUUGGUAGAUUAUUAGCUUGUCUAAAUUCAUUAAUUUCUUCGAAUCAGUCUUUUUAGUCCAUUAGAAUUCAAAAAAUCCCUUAUAUUUUUCAAGACAAAAGCAGAGAUAUGAAGACCUCAUACGUCAGCAUAAGUCAUACAAGCAUUGUGACUGAGCAGUGGUUUUCAGAUCAGGGGUAAGUGGAGCUUCUCCUGGUGUUUCUGGUUGCUAGGUAACAGUUAAUGUAGACCAAAAAUGGCUGUCUCAUUUGUGUCUGUGAUGGACUAGAUAUUGCAUUUAACAGCCAAGGGUUGUUGUUUUGUUGGUGUUUAAUUUCUGUAAUGCAAAUCAAAAUGCUAAUAGGGGGAUUCCAGUAUUAGUUAGUAACAUUAGCGACUGGUGUGCAUUGUUUGUGACACUUUUUGUACCCAGACUGAAUACAUUUACACACAUGAAGGUAUCUAUGUUUGUGUCUGCCUUUUGGGCGUGUGUGCAUGUAGUCACAUAUCUAUAUUAUUUUGAAAUGAUGUAGUCGCAAUAUAUCUUAUAGCAUAAAACUGUUAAAAAAUGACAAACUGAAUGAUAAAAAAAUAAACCGGAUGUCUGAGGGAUAUCUCUGUCCUGCUGCUGGAUAACAGAGAGAGAGAGAGGGAGCGGGAUAAGCCAGAAGGGUCAUAGGAUAAGAGGUCUUCUCUGUUACCACAAAUCCCAGAUUACAUCCAAACGGGACAAUGCCAUGGCUGGACACCGAUCUGUCAUAAGGACACGCCCACACACUCGCAGAAGUCUGCAACUCAUCUGGUUUGUCUAUGUACUAAAGCAAGCAAAGACUUUAUUUAAUUGAAUCCCUCAUUUGUUUGCUAUUAUCUGGGCCAGUAGAGUAUUAGCAAGCCCAGCUCUACCAGACAUGAUAUCUUAAUUAGAACGUAAAUCCCUGGCCUAUAGGAGUCAUCCAUCGUUCUGCCUCAACCAGCUGAGAGGACAACAAAGCGGAUGGCAUUUCUCUAAUGUGUGUGCGUGCUUUCUGUCUAAAGCAGCGAGAACAUGGUUUAAAAGGCCUCUGGUAUGCAGGAUGGUGGCAGGAUAAUAACAUGUACCAUGUACCGAAAUGUAAUUUUUUCCUGUGAUCCAAAGCUGAAUUUUCAGUAGCCAUUACUACAGUGUCACAUGAUCCUUCAGAAAUCAUUCUAAUAUGCGAUUAGAAAAUUUUUCAUUAUUAUCAAUGUUGAAAACAGUUGUGCUGCUUAAUAUUUCUGUGGAAAUCUUACAUUUUUCCUGUCACCUUGCUGAAUAAAAGUAUUAAUUUUUUUAAUGCAUUACUGAAAUGGUUGUGCUGCUUAAUAUUUUUUUGGAAACCAUAAUACAUUUCUUCAAGAUUCUUUGAUGCAUAGAAAGUUCAAAAGUACAGCAUUUAUUUGAAGUGGAAAUAUUUUGCAACAUUAUAAAUGGUUUUACUGUCACUUUAGAUCAACAUAAUGCAUUCUUGCUGAAUAAAAGUAUAAUUUAAAAAAAAUAUUAAUGAACAGCAGAGUAUGUGUUUGAAUCCAAUAGAGGUUUUCCUCCAGAGCUGAUGCAUCUUGAACGAAGAACAGAGUUUCAGUCUAUGCUGCAAUGGGCUCUGAUGGCCUCUGCCUGUUUAAGAUACAGUUAUAAAAUGCAAUAAUCUCUUGCCAUUGUUAAAAUUUAUAAAUUGGAAUCCAUAACACAGACAAAGAUGCAUUGUGUGUAAUGCAUGAAAAUAAGCAAAUCAUGGUUAUAUCUAAUAACUAUGUCACUGUAAAAAUGAAAAGAUGGCAAUAUAUGCAGAUGCCCCGACUGCCACACUAACCUGUUGCUUAUUCAAGUAACUUCACUCAAUAUAUAUAUUUUCAAAGUCUUUCUCUUGUGAAGGGGUUAGAGGAGGAACUGUAUUUAGAGUUCUUGCAUGGACCUUUUGGGCUCAGGUUUGUACGCUUCUCUGAGAAAUGCCCUAAAGUGUACCUAGAGGUUCAGUCUGAGGAACUAGUGCCUCAAGAACUUUUUUUUUUUUAAAUGAUUUUCACAGGGAUGGUUAAACUGCACGUGUAGACACUUGUUACCUUUCAUCUGCUCUCUGACUCAGUAUAGACAAGCUUCUUCACUUAGUACUAAUGCUCUGACAAUGUGCAAAAACUUCCCUUUUGGUUUGUAAGGGAAUAAUAUAGUCAGAUAUCAUUAAUGUUUAUGUUUUAUAUGUUGUAUAUUUUAUGCUAUUCGUGUUAUAUUAUUGUUUUUAAAUAUUCCUGUAUCUAAAUAGCAGAACAUGGCGCUAGCAACACCAAGGUCAUGGGUUUGAUUCUCAGGGAACAUGCGUGUCUUAAAUGCAGCCUUGAAAGUCACUUUGGAUAAAAGCAUCAGAUAAAUGCAGAAAUGCCACUAUUUUAUAGGUGAAUGCAAAGUUAUGCUAACUUGCUUUAUUUCUGUGGAGGUUAAAAAUGAAGAAUUUAAAGAAUUUAUGGGUUAUCAAGCCUGGUUUGUGUUGUAUCAGAGGACAAGCAGAUAACAGAACUCUUUGUAUGAGUGUCACUCCUUAUCUUUACUCUCUCUCUCUCUUUCUCUCUUUCUCUCUCAGUUGUUCAGGGAUAGCGGUGUCAGGCAUUACAUUAUGUGUGCAAUCCUUAUUAUUCAGCUCGUGCGCGCUCCAUCCCGGGCUCGCGCUUUGCCAUGACGCAGUGUGAUUUCGCCACUGAAGUUACGGAGCACAAGCAAAAGCGAGGAGCGGAACAACGCGAUAACUACCACGCCUACAUGUCUCAUUUUGUUUUUAAGCAGGGACAAUAGUUAUUUGAAAACAAUUUGACAAUGUGAAAUGACGGUUAUUUUAAGAGUAAUGGAUUGUUGGACAACACAACCUCCCUUACAAAGUCCGUGUUUUUAAAGUCAUUAUUUAUUGACAAGAGCCUUGGAAUGAUAUCAAAAGCCAUGUAUUAUUUACUGGGUGACUUAGUAGAAAAAUAUUCCCUAUGUUGAGGUUACAGUAUGUCAUAGUGUAUGAAAUAUUUACAGAACUCUGAAUAUUUCAGCACUGCCGCUCAUCCAAUGGUUUCCCCAAAUCCUGUCUCCAUGGCGCAUAUAUGCAUGGGGUCUAAAAUCCUUUGUUUUUAGUCAUUUUAGUGGUCGGCGUUAAAAACUGUAAUGAGAUGGAUUAAAUUGACGCUUUAAUCGUCUUACUGUGUCUACCUCUCAUUAUGGCCAACUGUCACGCCAUUACUGUAUGGCGUUAACCUGCUCGAGCCUAUAGAUAAUUGAUUAACACUGUUGCCAAACACUCUGCCUGGAUUAAAAUAGGCUGGAUAUCUUUGUGUGGUCUAUUUUUGACAAUCUGUCAUUCUGAUGUGACUGUGCUCAAUCGCUUUACAUUACAAAAAAAGUUAUUGCAUGAAGACAAAGUUGUUAUAUAAUAACAUUUUGUUCAUUGGCAUUGGUUUCCUGUCAUACACAAUAUGAGUUCAGGAUGCCAGUUUAAACACGUUAAACGCAUGCAUGCAUAUUUUUUAUUAAUAGAUGAGGUGUAUUAUAAUCCUAUGGGCAUUCUUUUUCCUAAACGCAUCAUGACAGCAGCUCCCUAUUGCUGAGACAAAAGAAGAACAAGUUCCUGAACCUGCCUGGAGCCUCCUUCAUAUAAAACAUGCAAAAAGCACUUUUAGUUGAACUUGUGUAUCUGUGAAAAUAAUAUCAGGCCCUUCCGUCAGACUGAACAUUAGCCUACCUUUGAAACGAGGCAUGCCUUAAUGGGACCGGACACUUCCAACCACUUAUCAUUUAAGCGUGCACAAGACGAACUGCGUGAUUUUAAAACAGAGGACAGGUGUACUGAAAACUGGACCUACUUACCAGGAUAGCGUAUCCUUAUUAUACACGCAUCAUUUGUAAUGUUUAGGUUAAAGUUGUGAGUUAGUCCUGCCGCACAAGAUGUGUUAACCAUGGUGCCAAUUCAUCCUGAUAGGUAUUUCAUGCAUGGCAAGAUGCGCUACCCAUAUUUUCAGCACAUUUGUGUCUACAUCCUGAUAGUUUUUUUUUUUUCUUCCUGACGAAAUGCUCAUGUUGUAAUUUUAGAGAUGACGGCUUAUAGCCUACUGACUCGCUGAACAAAAAGACGGGCGAGACAGUCAAGGAGCAACACCAGACAGGAGGACCAAAAGAAGUGAGAGACUGCAGUCUCCAUGUUCCAGCUGCCCAUCUUGAAUUUCAGCCCCCAGCAGGUCGCGGGGGUCUGCGAGACGCUCGAGGAGAGCGGCGACGUGGAGAGGCUCGGCCGCUUCCUCUGGUCACUCCCGGUGGCGCCGUCCGCCUGCGAAGUGCUCGGGAAGAACGAGUCUGUCCUGCGCGCGCGGGCGGUCGUGGCCUUUCACGCGGGAAACUUCCGCGAGCUCUACCACAUACUAGAGAACCACAAAUUCACGAAGGACUCACACGCGAAGCUGCAGGCGCUCUGGCUCGAGGCGCACUACCAGGAGGCUGAGAAACUCCGUGGGCGUCCCUUAGGACCCGUGGACAAGUACCGCGUCCGAAAGAAGUUUCCACUGCCUCGGACGAUAUGGGACGGCGAACAGAAAACGCACUGCUUCAAGGAGAGGACGCGGCAUCUCUUGAGAGAGUGGUACCUGCAGGACCCUUACCCGAACCCGAGCAAAAAAAGAGAGCUGGCGCAGGCGACUGGACUCACACCCACACAAGUGGGCAACUGGUUUAAAAACCGGAGGCAGAGAGACCGGGCGGCAGCGGCCAAGAACAGGCUACAGCAGCAGGUUUUGUCCGGUGGCUCGGUCCGAUCGCUGGGGGACGAUGACACCACAGUGGACCGCCUGGGUCCCGCCUCAAGCCCAGAAGUCAGUCUCUCGAGCAAGGCCGCCACCUCCGCCAUCUCCAUCACCUCCAGCGACAGUGAAUGUGACAUCUAACGAGACAGGCUUCAAAAGAGCAAACAGGAGAACUGUAAGAGACAAUCUAACAACAACAACAAAACUUUAGUGCCUGCAACCGGCCCAGAGAGAUAGGCUAAAAUGAAGGAUGGAAAAAAGCCUCACAAUUUCAUUUUCCAUUCGUUGAUGUGAUCAACAAAAUGCGCAGUGCUUCUCACGAAGACAGGUGGGAGUUUUCGAAAAAAUCUUCAAUGUCUGAGGGCCGAACCUAUUGUUGUAUGUGUGCGUGCUUUAUCAUGAAAAGACUGAAUAAUGUUUUAAUGUGCACUUGUCUUUUUUAAUAUAUAAACGAUGUUUAUUUACUUAUUUAAAAUAUCAUCGGGCUCUAGGCCCUUUAUUUGUGUGCUUUUUUAUUAUCAUUUUUGUUGUGCGUAAUGCUGCGCGUCGUGAAAUUUCUGGAAAAAAAUAACCAUGAUUUAAAAAAAAUAAAAUAAAAAAAAUAAAAUCACUGUUGAAUUAAGUAACUAUCGCAAAUUCACAUCGGUAUUUUCUUUACGACAUUUAUUCCAGUUUUUCCGGUGUUAAAUUGAGCCAUGCAAUAUUUUAUUUCAUGUUUAUUUUUAACGUGUCUACCCGAAAGUAAAAAAAAAUAAUAAUAAUAAUAAAAAUGUGAAUGUUAUAUCCUGAAGAACAGAUUUAGAACAGACGGGGAUCAAAUAUGUUGCAUGUUUUAAUGCCUCUCUGCGAGCUCAAUCUCUCUCACACUCGAGCAGUAAUUGGCUAAAAUGCUUCGCGUGGUGUAAUGCGCUCUGACAGCGCAGGGUCAGCGAAAGGCCGAGACGCUCUCCCGGAUGUCAACACAACCCAAGCUGUGAUCUCCUGCUUAAAUAGAACCUUCUAGUGGCCCAAGCAAGCUGCAGAAAAUUCAUUUGUCAAAGGUGGUUGAUAAAUGAAUACUUUUUUUAUUGUUCUUCAUUUUACUAUCAUUUUCUCUCGAUUCAAAAUUGUUUAUAUUUAUUUCAUAUGUAAUUCACACACGUGGCUAAUCUAGUGGGUUAAUACCUUGUGGCAUUAAGAUUGACAUAAAUCGACUG